GGGAUAGACCAAAAUCAUCGGGCCUCCCAUUCUCAAGAGCUGCAACCGAACCGGUAGUUAAAAAGAAAAGGACAACACCCGACCGGAAGCACAAAACGCACUCUCUUUACAGGACUUUUUGGCACAGGAGCGGGAACCGUGGGGCUGACACCAACAGGUAAAAGGAUGGACACCCAGAGUCAUGUUGUGGACAGGUUGCGGUCAGCAUUUAGUUCUGGUGUCACAGUACCAGAGCAGUUCCGUCGGACUCAGCUGACCAACCUUAUGUCCUUGAUCAAAGAUAAUGAAGAACUGAUUUUAAAUGCACUGCACAAGGACCUUGCCAAGCCAAAAUUUGAGGCCAUCCUGUCCGAGGUUGAUAUAGUGAUCAAUGAACUGCACUACGCCAUCAGCAACUUGUCAAGCUGGAUGAAGCUGGAGUAUGUCAGCAAAAACCUGGCCACAAAGCUAGAUGACUGUUUUAUACGGAGAGAACCGUUAGGAGUUGUGUUAAUCAUUGGGGCUUGGAACUAUCCUCUUCAGCUCCUUCUCUUACCUUUGGUUGGAGCUAUUGCCGCAGGAAACUGUGUGGUCAUCAAGCCUUCAGAAGUCAGCGCUGCAACAGACAGUCUGCUAGCAGAGCUCAUCCCUAAAUAUUUGUCUCAGGACUGUUACGCAGUAGUCCGCGGUGGAGCAGAGGAGACCAAGGCUCUUCUGCAGAAUCGCUUUGACCAUAUCUUCUACACAGGUUCUCAGACUGUGGCGCGCAGCAUCCUGCAGGCAGCCUCUGUGCACUUGACCCCAGUGACCUUGGAGCUGGGUGGCAAGUGUCCAUGCAUCAUAUAUGGACGGGUGGACAUUACAGCCGCUGUUCACCGCUUGGUGUGGGCCAAGUUUUUUAAUGCUGGCCAGAGUUGUGUGGCUCCAGAUUAUGUGCUGUGCACGCCGGGCACCCGGGACGCCCUGCUGCCUGCACUGCGCCAGACCUUCCAAGAUUUCUACAGCAAAGAGCCUCAGACGAGUCCUGACUUCUCCCGUAUCGUGUCGCCCCGACACUGGACUCGACUAAUGGAACUACUCGGGAGGUCCAGUGGCAAAGUUGUUGUGGGAGGAGAGAGCAAUCAGGAGGACAAAUACAUUGCUCCCACAGUGGUGGUGGAUGUGGCUGAAGACGACGCACUCAUGCAGGAGGAGAUUUUUGGCCCCAUCCUGCCCAUCCUCACUGUCGACUCUCUGGAUGAAGGCAUCAAGUUCAUCAACCGCAAGGAAAAGCCACUGGCCCUCUACGUUUUCUCAGAUGAAUCCUCUGUGAUAAACACAGUGCUGGAAAAGACCAGCAGUGGAGGAUUCUGCUCUAAUGAUGGAAUUAUCCAUAUGAGCCUACCAACCCUUCCUUUUGGAGGUGUAGGUGCCAGUGGUUUUGGCAGGUACCACGGCCGCUGGGGCUUUGAGACCUUCAGCCACCAGAGGGCCUGCAUGCUGCGUGGCUGGGCUUUGGAGAGACUCAACGGUCUGCGCUACCCACCUUACCGAGAAGAUAAACUGAGCUGGCUGCGCUGGACCGCCUCACCAAAAAGCAGCUGCUCAAUCAUGUGAUGAGAGGUUGAUCUCCCAAGGCAGACUUCUACAACAUUAAAAAUGCUUUUGUAUCUGCUGUGUUUUUAGAAGAUAUCCUAUUUUCUCCUGCCUGUGAGAAAAAUCCUUUUCCUUUUCUCUAUGACUUCUUUGUAGGCACAUAUUUCACUUUCAGAGUUCAUGUAUUCUUGUGAGUAUAACAGAUUAUGGACAGACAGACAAGUCUGUUAUUUUAUUGACUAAACUUUGUCUGAACAGACUCAAAUAAAUAAAUAUUAAAUAUAAAUUAUUAAAUAAGAAACUGCUUAUCUUUAUCCUCUUACACAGAAAUCUUUAUGUGGUGAGAACGAUGUUUGAAUGUUUGGAAUAACAUCAUUGUUUUGGAAAUGUUUUGUAUUGUUUUGAUCGAUUCAUGUAUUUUCUCUUUCAUGUUGAGGGGUAUUUAGACGUGUAUUUAGACGUGUUCGUGACUGUAUUUUAAUUUUUUCCAUUUGUUAUGAAAUUCUUUAAAUAAAUUUGAUAUUUUACAAAC